AUGAUGUAUGGAGCCAUUUUCAUUAAGAAUAUAAUCGGAAAUACUAGUACUGUUUUGCAAUGGAUUUUUAUUGGUAGGUGUUUUCUUUUCAUCUGUCCUCAGGGCUUCAUACUACUGUCAGUGCAAGCACACCUUCCGCAGCUGAAGCCGCCGCCGUGCAACAUGGCGUCCAUGGACGGCAGCUGCGAGCAGGCCAGGGGCUUCAAGUCCAGCAUCUUCUUCGUCGCGCUCUACCUGGUGGCGCUCGGCAGCGGCUGCCUCAAGCCCAACAUGAUCGCGCACGGCGGCGACCAGUUCUCCGGCUCCGACAAUGCCAAGAGUCUCUCCACCUACUUCAACUCCGCCUACUUCAGCUUCUGCCUCGGCGAGCUCGUCGCGCUCACAGCGCUCGUCUGGGUGCAGACGCACUCCGGGAUGGACGUCGGCUUCGGCAUCUCCGCCGCCGCCAUGGCCGCCGGCCUCAUCAGCCUGGUGUCCGGCGCGGCCUUCUACCGGAACAAACCUCCUCAGGGCAGCAUCUUCACUCCUAUUGCAAGGGUGUUCGUCGCCGCCUUCACCAAGAGGAAGCAAAUCUGCCCUACCAAUACUGGCAACGCCGGAGUUGGCGAGCCGGCACGCCUCGCCGGCAGCUUCCGCCACGGCAACAAAUUCAGGUUCUUGGACAAGGCGUGCGUCAGGGACGCGGCGCAGCAGCAGGGGGGCAACACGAAGCCGGAGAGCCCAUGGCGGCUGUGCACGGUGUCCGAGGUGCAGCAGGCCAAGACCCUCCUCGCCGUGACGCCCAUCUUCGCCUGCACCAUCGUGUUCAACACCGUGCUGGCGCAGCUGCAGACCUUCUCGGUGCAGCAGGGCAGCGCCAUGGACACCGUCCUCGGGGGCGCCUUCCGCGUCCCGCCGGCGUCGCUGCAGGCCAUCCCCUACGCCAUGCUCCUCCUGCUCGUCCCGGCGUACGAGCUCCUCCUCGUCCCGUUCAUGAAGAGGCUCACCGGGACGCGCUCCGGGAUCACCCCGUUGCAGCGCAUCGGGGUCGGCCUCGGCACCGUGGCCUUCUCCAUGGUCGCCGCCGCCACCGUCGAGCGCCGGCGCCGCGACCUGUCGGCGUCCGGGGGGCGGAUGUCCGUGCUGUGGAUCGUGCCGCAGUUCCUCGUGUUCGGGGUGUCGGAGAUGUUCACCGCCGUGGGGCUCAUCGAGUUCUUCUACAAGCAGGCCUGCGCCGGCAUGCAGUCCUUCCUCACCGCGCUCACCUACUGCUCCUACGCCUUCGGCUUCUACCUCAGCUCCGUGCUGGUGACCACGGUGAACAGGGUCACGGCGAGGCACGGCGGCGCCGGCGGCUGGCUCGGCGACAACGACCUCGACAAGGACAGGCUGGACCUCUUCUACUGGAUGCUCGCUGCGCUCAGCGUGCUCAACUUCUUCUGCUACCUGGUAUGUGCAAGGUGGUACAACUCUGGUGCCGAUGGCUCUGAUGCUGCCUCGGCUCAGAUUGCAGCAGAGGGUGAUGCCAAGGAGAUCAGCUGA